AUGGAAAGAGAAUUAGAUGAAAGGUUCUUACACAUGUGUGACCAGCUCUUUGACCUUGACCGAGUCACCUACAUCACUAACUUCAACCAGAAGAUUUUGUUUGGUUUUUUCAGUACAAAUACACAUUUGCCCAUGAUGUCAACAGAAUCUGUAGAGAUUGAUGAUGCAUUAUACAGUCGACAGAGGUACGUUCUUGGAGACACAGCAAUGCAGAAGAUGGCCAAGUCCCAUAUUUUCUUAAGUGGUAUGGGUGGUCUUGGUUUGGAAAUUGCAAAGAAUCUUGUUCUUGCAGGAAUUAAGGCACUUACAAUUCAUGAUGUAGAGAAAUGCCAAGCAUGGGAUCUAGGAACCAAUUUCUUUCUCUGUGAAGAUGAUGUUGUUAAUAUGAGAAACAGGGCUGAAGCUGUUCUUCAACAUAUUGCAGAACUAAAUCCAUAUGUUCAUGUUACAUCAUCUUCUCUUCCUUUAAAUGAAACCACAGAUCUCUCCUUCUUAGAUAAAUACCAGUGUGUAGUAUUGACUGAGAUCAGACUUCCAUUGCAGAAGAAAAUCAAUGAGUUUUGCCGUUCUCAGUGCCCUCCAAUUAAGUUCAUUAGUGCAGAUAUACAUGGAAUUUGGUCACGGUUGUUUUGUGAUUUUGGUGAUGAAUUUGAAGUUUUAGAUACAACAGGAGAAGAACCAAAAGAAAUCUUCAUUUCAAAUAUCACGCAAGCUAAUCCUGGCAUUGUCACCUGCCUUGAAAAUCGUCCUCACAAACUUGAGACAGGACAAUUUCUAACAUUUCGAGAAAUUAAUGGAAUGACAGGCUUAAAUGGAUCUACACAACAAAUAACUGUGGUAUCACCAUUUUCUUUUAGCAUUGGUGAUACUACAGGACUGGAACCUUAUUUACAUGGAGGCAUAGCUGUCCAAGUUAAGACUCCUAAAACAUUUUACUUUGAGUCAUUGGAGAAGCAGAUAAAACACCCAAAGUGCCUUAUUGCGGAUUUUAGCAAACCUGAGGCACCUAUAGAGAUUCACACAGCUAUGCUUGCCUUGGACCAAUUUCAGGAGAACUACGGUCGCAAGACAAAUAUUGGAUGCAAAAAUGAUGAAAAAGAGCUGUUGAAACUAGCAACAUCUAUAAGGGAAACCUUGGAAGAGAAGCCUGACGUAAAUGCUGACGUUGUGCGCUGGCAGAUCCUGGACCCUUCCAAGACUGGGCUCUCUGCCAGGACUCGGCCCCCUGACUGGACUCCUAGCUCGGACCUGACAGCAGAGGAGCUGAAAUACGGUGACAUCCACAAGAUUGGGGCCAUGAUCGCCCCUUUGCACUUCCUGGAGGUGAAACUGGGCAAGAGGCCGCAACCUGUGAAAAGUGGGCUAGACGAGGAGUGGAGGAGGAAAAGGCGCCAGGAAAAGAACAAAGUGGAUGCAGUCCGAUGCCGGAACAAAAAGGAGUGGAUGGAGUUUCUGCAGUGGGAAUCUGAAUGGUUAGAGCUCAUGAAUGCAGAGCUGAAAACCCAGAUGGAGGAGCUGAAGCAGGAGCAGCAGCAGCUCAUCCUGAUGCUCAACCGGCAUCGCCCCAUCUGCAUCAUCAGGACCAACAUUAUUUUUUUUAUCUUCUACUUUAAGUUAUACAUUGAAGCAGCAGAUAUUGUCGAGUUCCUAAGCAAACUGGAACGGGAAGAAUUUCUCCCACGAGGAGAUAGAUAUGAUGCCUUGCGAGCCUGCAUUGGAGACACUUUGUGUCAGAAGCUACAAAAUUUGAAUAUCUUCUUAGUAGGAUGUGGAGCCAUAGGCUGUGAAAUGUUAAAAAAUUUUGCUUUACUUGGUGUUGGCACAAGCAAAGAGAAGGGAAUGGUUACAAUUACAGAUCCUGACUUGAUAGAAAAAUCUAACUUGAACAGGCAGUUCUUAUUUCGUCCUCAUCACAUACAGAAACCUAAAAGCUAUACUGCUGCUGAUGCCACCCUGAAAAUAAAUCCUCAAGUAAAAAUAGAUGCACACUUGAACAAAGUAUGUCCAGCCACUGAGGCUAUUUACAGUGAUGAGUUCUAUAAUAAACAAGAUAUAAUUAUUACAGCAUUAGAUAAUGUGGAAGCCAGGAGAUAUGUAGACAGCCGUUCUGUAGCAAAUCUACGGCCCCUCCUGGAUUCUGGAACAAUGGGCACUAAGGGACACACUGAAGUUAUUGUACCUCAUUUGACCGAAUCUUAUAGUAGUCAUCGGGAUCCCCCAGAAGAGGAAAUACCAUUCUGUACUCUGAAAUCCUUUCCAGCUGCUAUCGAACAUACUAUACAAUGGGCAAGAGAUAAGUUUGAAAGUUCCUUUUCCCACAAGCCUUCAUUAUUUAACAAGUUUUGGCAGACCUAUUCAUCUGCAGAAGAAGUCUUACAGAAGCUACAAACUGGACACAGUUUAGAAGGCUCAUUUCAAGUUAUUAAAUUACUUAGCAGAAGACCUAGAAAUUGGUCCCAGUGUGUAGAGUUAGCAAGAUUAAAGUUUGAAAAAUAUUUUAACCAUAAGGCUCUUCAGCUUCUUCACUGUUUCCCCCUAGAUACUCGAUUAAAAGAUGGCAGUUUGUUUUGGCAGUCACCAAAGAGACCUCCCUGUCCAAUAAAAUUUGAUUUCAAUGAACCUUUGCACUUCAGUUUUCUUCUGAAUGCUGCAAAAUUAUAUGCUACAAUCUAUUGCAUUCCAUUUACAGAAGAGGACAUAUCAGCAGGUGCCCUCUUGAAUAUUCUUUCAGAAGUAAAGAUUCAGGAAUUCAAACCUUCCAGUAAGGUUGUUCAAACAGAUGAAACAGCACGGAAACCAGACCAGAUUCCUAUCAGCAGUGAAGAUGAGAGGAAUGCUAUUUUCCAACUAGAAAAGAUUAUGUCAUCUAAUGAAGCUACCACAAGUGACCUUCAGAUGGCAGUCCUUUCAUUUGAAAAAGAUGAUGAUCGUAAUGGACACAUAGAUUUCAUCACAGCUGCAUCAAAUCUUCGAGCUAAAAUGUAUAGCAUUGAACCAGCUGACCGUUUCAAAACAAAGCGCAUAGCUGGUAAAAUUAUACCUGCUAUAGCAACAACCACUGCUGCAGUUUCUGGCUUGGUUGCAUUGGAGAUGAUCAAAGUAGCUGCUGGCUGUCCCUUUGAAGCUUACAAAAAUUGUUUCCUUAACUUAGCCAUUCCAAUUAUAGUGUUUACAGAAACAUCUGAAGUAAGAAAAACUGAAAUCAGAAAUGGAAUAUCAUUUACAAUUUGGGACCGAUGGACUAUACAUGGAAAAGAAGAUUUCACCCUCUUGGAUUUUAUAAAUGCUGUCAAAGAAAAGUAUGGAAUUGAGCCAACAAUGGUGGUACAGGGAGUCAAAAUGCUUUAUGUUCCUAUAAUGCCUGGUCAUGCAAAAAGAUUGAAGUUAACAAUGCAUAAACUUGUGAAACCUACUACUGAAAAGAAAUAUGUGGACCUUACUGUGUCAUUUGCCCCAGACACUGAUGGAGAUGAAGAUUUGCCUGGACCUCCAGUAAGAUACUACUUUAGUCAUGACACUGAUUAACAGAAGUUGUCUUAAAGUUGCUGCAGCACUUCUUUGAUUUUAGAAAGAGUGACUUAAUUCAGAGCUGCAAAAUGAGCUCAUAUUACUAAUGGAUUUCUCUUUGAGGAAACCUUAAUUUAAGGGACAUAACAUCAGGAAACUACACUGAAGAAUUGCAAAACGUUUUGGAGCAUAGUAUAUACUUGUUAUGUGGACAUGAUCACAAGCAACUUUGAAUUGGAAUGCCAUUUUAUAAUGCUUACAACAAAUUUGUGUAUUAUCCUCUCUGGAUGAAUAGAAGGAAAAAAUAUGUAUCCAUGGCCAGAAGAGAUAAAAGAUUUAAAAAAAUUAAAGUAACAAAUGCAACUAUCCACAAAGUUUAAUCCUAUUUUAUGAAUUUCUUAUUUGUUUAGUUUUUUGAGGCCUGUUUUUCUAUACAAAUAGUGUCAGGCACCCUGUACCUCUCAUGAUUAGACUUUGAAUUUAACACCAGUGGGAAGUGGAGAGAUGGUGAAUGAAGAGUAGACAUUUUAAGUUUUAUAGUUGCAGUUUACUGUCCUAUUACCUCUGCUAGUUUAACCAGAGUUUGUUAUAUCACCGUCUCCCAAAAAUCAGGAUUUUGUUGAUAGCAUCAGUGUUGUAAGCCAUGAGCAGUAGGUCAGAUAACUAAAUGUAAACUGUAUUACAUGGACUCUGAUAACCCUCUUAGAGAAUCCGUGAAUGUGAAUAGAUGUAGCUAAUCAUUUGAUUCUUCACUAUGCCUUCUCAUGUGGCCGUUUUAUUUAUUUGGAACUCUAGACCUAAUUGUCAUAGUAUGUAAGACUAAAAGGUUUUGUGAAGGGAGUGUUUUUUAAAAGUAGUUGAAAACUAGAAAUUAAAAAAUUAUCACUAGUUGAGUCUUGGAUUUUUUUUUCCAGCAAUGUAAUAAACAGGAAAAAAAUAAUUUAAUAUUUUAUGUUAAAAAGAAACGUAUUAUUUUAUUCUGCAUUCCCAGAAAGGGAAUAAAAAUAAAAAUUUAUUUUUUUAGGUCUUUGAUGACAGAAACUUUGUGUUUUCUGAUAUGAGCUGUUGCAUAUGUUCAUAUAAGUGCUAUCAUUAAAAUGACAUAAAGUAUACUCAACCCUGUAAACUCAAUGAAAACAGCAAGUGUUUCUUUUUCUAAAACUACCGUGUAUUUUAAAGCAAGUUUAACCCACAGAAGUCAUUUUCCUCUAGCUGCUUUUCUUCUGCUCCCCUGUUCAGACCAUUAGUAGGUACUUUGAUAAAACUAAAUUCACAUCAGUAUUACUCCAAUUAGGUAUAUUUUUAUAUCCUCAACUUUUAUUUUAUUUACAAAUACUUUAAAUGACUGUCAACCAGCUUUGUUAUUUUAUUCUUUUGUAAAAGUACUAUCCAGUUGAGAAAAUAAAUUUCUUUAGGAGUAGAAGGUGAAAUUGUAUGGUUAACAGAUAGAUAAUCUGUGCAUUGGGAAGUGGAGAGAAGUGGACAGGAUGAAUUUAAAGGAAAUGGCUAUCUUUGAAAUAAGCAAUUUUUGGUUCCUCAUAUCCUACUCUAUCCAGUUGUGCAUAUUAGAAAUAUAAUGCUUAAAAUUAAUGUUACUUAAAAUUGAACCCAGAAACAUCAGAGUUCUAUGGCUUAGAACUUUAGAGGGAAGGAAUAAUAAAAGGACUUUUCUGUAAGAAGCCUUUUUCCCACUUUUAUAUUGUUUUGUGCUCCAUGAUAGUAACUGAUAUUUUCCAGGUAGCCAUUCAGUAAGUCAGCUAUGAUCUAAUAGCUUGUUUAUCAUUUGAUGUAAAUGUCCAAAUCUCUUCCAAAGUAAACUCAGAAUGUGCUCUCAAUUCUUAUUUAUAGAGACCAGCGCAUUAGCAGAUACAAACAAAAUCAACAGGGAUUAAACCUGAAACCCUUUUGUUGUUGUUGUUGUUGUUUUCUGUAGGUAAUAGUUAUUGCCAUUAAUUUCUUCUGUUUAGUUCUACCUAGCUGGAAAACCAAGAUGAAGUUAAUGACAAUUUUUUUCAUUCUCUAGUUUAUUUCUGUACUAUGAUGUUAGUACUAGUGAUUGCAAUACCAGGUGCAAAAAAUUAAUUAUUUAAUUUUGUAUGGUACCACUGAGUAAUUUUUUACUUGCUAAAAAUAAAUUAAGAAAUUUGACAAUA